UGGCUCAAAAGACUUUUGGUGGCGACCAAGAUGGCGGACUUAACGGCCUUGGCUUACCAAAACAACAAUAAUCAAAUUUACUGUCCAACAGCGAUAUAGAUUCUCAAAUAUUCGUCUUUUCUAAAGCCGACGAAACAAAAGCUGAGUUUGGAGCGAUGGAGAGUUAGCUGAAGUGAAGAUUGAAGACGUGAUAGAAGAUGGACGACUACUGUUAUGCUAAGAUGGCGACGUCAUGUAAAGAAACUGAAAGAGAAUCAACAACGGAGAAAAAUAUGAAAACUGAACAUGAAGAUGUUCAGCAGCUGAUUGGUCAUCAUGAAGAACUUACGCCUCAGCUGCAGGGCGGGAGCCCCACUUUGAAGGUGGAUGCUUCACAACCACCCCACAUUAAAGAGGAAGAGGAGGAACUCUGGAUCACUCAGGAGGGAGAGUGUCUUCUAGGGCAGGAAGAAGCUGAUCUCACCAAGUUGCCACUGACUGUUAUCUCUGUGAAGACUGAAGAUGAUGAAGAGAAACCACAAUUAGACAACCACUUAGCUCCACUGUCAGAUAGUGAGGCUGAAGACGAGGUUGAAGAUUAUUUGAGCAGCGAUACAGAAUGUGAAGGUGAUAUGAGGACUCAAACUGACCACAAACACUCUGAAUGCUCUAAAAAGAAGACAUGUAAAAAUAAUUUGAGCUGUUCAGUUUGUGGCACAAUAUGUACUAAAAAGAGCCUUUUGACUCAACACAUGAGAACGCACACGGGAGAAAAACCUUUUAAUUGUUCAAAUUGCGGCAAAAGCUUUUCUCAAAAUAGCGUUUUGAUUCAACACAUGAGAACACACACUGGAGAAAGACCAUUUUAUUGUUCCGUUUGUGCUAAAAACUUUUCUCACAAAAGCAGUUUGACGCAACACAUGAGAACACACACCGGAGAAAAGCCGUUUAAUUGUUCAGUUUGCAGUAAAAGCUUUUCUCAAACAAGCAGUUUGAUUCAACACAUGAGAACGCACACAGGAGAGAGACCAUUUGAAUGUUCUGUUUGCGGUAAAACAUUCUCUCACAAGAGCAGUUUCACUCCACACAUGAGAACACACACAGGAGAAAAGCUAUUUAUAUGUUCAGUGUGCGGUAAAAGCUUUUCUCAAACUAGCAGUUUGACUAGACAUAUGAGAACGCACACAGGAGAAAAACCCUUUGAUUGUUCAGUUUGCAGUAAAAGCUUCACUUUACAGUGCCAUUUGACUCAACACAUGACAACACACACAGGAGAAAAACUAUUUAAUUGUUCAGUUUGCGGUAAAAGCUUUUCUCAAAACAGCAGUUUGACUCAACACAUGAGAACACACACAGGAGAAAAACCCUUUGAUUGUUUAGUUUGUGGUAAAAACUUUACUCACAAAAACAGUUUGACUCAACACAUGACAACACACACAGGAGAAAAGCAGUUUAACUGUACAGUUUGUGGUAAAAACUUUUCUCACAAGAGCAGUUUGACUGAACACAUGAGAAAGCACACAGGACAAAAAAAAUUUAAUUGUUCAGUUUGUGGUAAAAGGUUUUCUCGAAGGAGAGAAUUGCCUGUACACAUGAGCAUGCACACCGGAGAAAAACAAUUUAAUUGCUCAGUUUGUGAGAAGGGCUUUACUAAAAAAUGCCAUUUGACUCAACACAUGAGAACACACACAGGAGAAAGACCCUUUAAUUGUUCAGUUUGCUGUAAAACAUUUUCUCAUAAGGGCAAUUUGACUGACCAUAUGAGAACGCACACUGGAGAAAGACCAUUCAGUUGCUCCGUUUGUAGUAAAAGCUUUUCUCAUAGACUAAGUUUGACUCGACACAAAAUGAAACACACGGGAUGAAAAACAUUUAGCUGUUCAAUUUGUGGCCAAAGUUACACUGAAAUGGGACAUUUGCAUGGUCACCCGAGAACACACAGCAGUAGAAAUAAUUAGGUUUAGUGCGCUGUAAGAGUUAUACUUCUGUCCAAGGUCAAAUUAAGUUGAAUUAGAUGAGUACACACACAGUAGAAAAAUUAUUAGUUUGUGAUACCACAAUUUUAGCAGACACUUGGUUCUGGAUCCUCAUUUAAAAGUCACAAAAUCUGCCAUGAUGAGUGGCAGCAAACACAGAACUCUCUCCCGAUGCCAUUUUUGUUGAUGGAAGUCGUGUAAAAAUGCUUUGCAAGGUAAUACAUUUCUGAUAGAAAAUGUCGAACAUGACCAAAAUACUGUAAUUAUUCAAGUUAAAGUACCAAUGUUUGUCACACGCACACUAGGUGUGGCGAAAUGAUUCUCUGCAUUUGACCCAUCACCCUUGAUCACCCCCUGGGUGGUGAGGGGAGCAGUGGGCAGCAGCGGUGGCCGUGCCCGGUUAUCAUUUUUUGGUGACUUAACCCCCAAUUCCAACCUUUGAUGCUGAGUGCCAAGCAGGGAGGUAAUGGCUCCCAUUUUUAUAAUCUUUGGUAUGACUCGGCCGCGGUUUGAACUCACAACCUACCCAUCUCAGGGCGGACACUCUAACCACCAGACCACUGAGUAGGUUAUGACAUGUGAUUCAUUUGUUUGUCACUAAUUGUGUAUAUAUAAAUGAUGUUUGCCAUUUUAGAUGAAUCUUGAAGGCUUUAUUGGUAGGAUAGAUAAAGCCCCAUGACAGUUUUCGACCCUUUAGGAUGCACAGAAAAUGGAAAGACGGUUGUGCUUCUCUUCCGUAAAGAUCUUUGGACAAUGGCAAGAUUUUAAAAAAUAAAUAAAUAAACUGCAGUUUUCCCUAAAACAGGAAACAAGACAGCCAUGAUUUCCUGAGUCACUUUAAUAACACCCAGCUGUGUCUCUCCUCAAGAAAGUGUUAACAUUUUCAAAGCAAAGCAAUUAUCUUCCUAAUUAUGAAUUUUAAAGGGGAACUGCCUUUUUGGGGGGAAUUUUACCUCUCGUUCACAAUCAUUAUGAGAGACAAGAAGUUUGUUUUUGCAUUUUAAUGUACAAAUCGGCUCAUUCUAGGUGGCUAGCAAUGCAGCUAAUGAUUAAUUCUACCACUAAAUCGCUUUAAAAACGCAUUCAAAAACGUUCAACAAUACUUCAUUUACGUUCCGUAACUUGUAUAAUGACCAAGCUGUAGCCACAUUGUUAUUGUAAGACUGAUUACCGAGGAGCAUUUUCUUUCUAGCGUAGUAACGCAUCGGCAUGCUACGGUAUUCGCUAAGAGAUAAGCUAGCUUCUGGAUCACCAGCUGAAUGGCGUUGGAGUUUGUAAUGCACAACACAAAGUGAUAGAGCACCAAUCUGUACUGACUGAAAAACAUGAACAAUCAUAUUACAGAACCUGUAAAGUAUUAGCCCACAUUUCAUGUUUUGUUUGUACACAACUAGCUAGACAGUGUACGUACUGUAGUUGUAUGAACGCGCAUGAUGUGCUGCGUGUAUCACGAUCGAUAUUAAAGUGACUUAUUCAAUGGACAUGUGUACGUUUGGUUAUUCUAAAUUGACUUUGGGUAAGCACACCAUUUAUGUCGACAUAGUUUGGCUCCGAGCUCCCCAUUUGCAGCGCCAAAGUCACGUUGACCUCACUCUCUCUGCUUCCGUCCGCACCAUCGUCUCACUCUUCCUACAUGCCGGCUUCUACAAGCAGUAGUUCAUCCUCAGUAUAUUCAACUUCAAAAAGUUCAUAUCAUAGCAGUUUUAUCUCAUUUCCUUGUUCUCUGUAACAGAACAGUGAGUAAAUAAAUGGGUAAAUUAAAUAUCCCGUAAGUAAACAAAUAUUAAAUAUGUAAUUAAUAUAAGCAUAUACACAAUAACUAAAGUUCUCAAAAAUAAA